AGAGGAGCAUUUCUACAGCGUCGCGAGACUUGCAACCUUGACUUUCAACCGAGAACCGAUGAUAAAAUUAAUGUUAGCAUUUGUUAUCUUAGAUUAACCUGAAAAAUAUUGAAAGAGUUAUUAUGAAUAAUUGAAUAUUUUAAGCAUUGAAAUGCAAAGUUCUACGUUGAAUAGUUCAAAGUCUGAAAUACAUCAUCAUAAAAUGUAGGUUGACUUGAAUCAUUGUAGUUUGUUGGAGAAUCUCAUUUGACAAUCCUAUUUACAAUGACUUUGUAUAUUAAGAAGUUGGAUCAAAGACUGGAAACAAUUCUAAAGGAAAAAAAAUUAAAAACAAGGCGUCACGCUGGACAUGGCCCAUGGUUGAGCCUGCUGCUGCCCGUAGCGGUGAUAAUCGGAACUAAAGCGUACGAAUGCAGCUGGCAGUACAGAGUAUCAGGCUGCGUCAGUAUGGGACUGCUCACCAAUUCUCUCUUCAUACAAUUUCAGAUGAGCAGUAACUUUCUAAGCAGAACUGUGGCUUGCCUGCUUACGUCAGCAGUUACGGUUUCAUCGCUCAGUCUCUACACUGACCAAGGUGUUGCAUUCAAAGUGCUGAUAGCACUACUCACCAGUCUUGGCUUCCAGAAGCUGCUAUUGACAGUGUUGCAAGAUUUCCCUCGGAGCUUCACGUUCGGCGAGGCUUGCUUCGCUGUGCAAUCGUUUAUACUGUUUCUAUCUGCCAGUGUUGCCAAUUUUUGCUUUAAGGGGUACACAGAUUGUAUGCAAAAAGCCACACUCAUUUUACAGGUGGGACUAUGUGGAAUUGGACUGUUAUGUGUUCUUCUCAAACUUUUUCCUAAGUUAAAAAAGCCUGCGCAGUUUUGUAUGAUAACACUGGGCGUUGUUGGAUUUGUAGUCAUUCCUCUUUCACAUGUACUGCUGGGACAAAGUGCUGUAAUUUGGAUUAUUUACCAACUCACUCAGGAUCUAUUUACAGUGAAACUAGUCCUAUACUGGUUACUAUGCUGCGUGAUAGCUGUUCUUGUUGUAAUUGUCCAAGUAUCAGCUGGCUAUAAGUCUUCCACCAUUACUAGAAAAACGUUCCAUGUUCUUGCUUUGGCUGUGUUUCUACCUGGGUUUAUAUACCGGCCUUGCCUCCUGUAUCUAGCAUCAGGUGUGCUGUUUGCCCUCUUCGUAGUAUUGGAGAUAGUGCGCAUGCUGAAUUUGCCAGUGAUAGGUGGUUAUUUGGAGGCUGGCUUCGCGGCGUUUGCCGACUCAAAAGACGAAGGUCCCCUAGCUCUGACACCCAUCUAUCUUCUCAUUGGCUUUGCCGGUCCACUGUGGCUCCACCCCUCUCUGCUCCUUCCACCUACUCUGAAUAGCGACGACUCUGGCAUUAGCUCCACCUACUCUGGUGUAAGCCCCGGCCAUUUGCUGCCGCUAUUGGCCGGACUGCUGUCUGUUGGUGUAGGUGAUACGGCGGCUAGUGUGUGUGGUACUUGGUUUGGACGUCAUUAUUGGGAUGGCUCGAAAAAAACCAAGGAAGGAUCGGCCGCUUGUUUCAUCUCUCAACUAUUUGCCCUUCUGGUAUUGAUCCACUUUGGAUUUGUGCCAAGAACUAAUCUACUUGAACCCAUCUCCUCAAUAGUGGUCACAAGUCUAGUAGAAGCCUACACUACCCAGGUUGACAACUUGGUUUUACCACUACUUAUGUACAUAGUUUUGUUAUAAAAACUUUGUUUGAAUAAUCACAGUCACAAAGAGUCAUACUGUUUCGAAAUCAGCAUCUCUGAUGCAUAAAGCUACCAAAACUUAUUAAUUUUUUUAAUAUUUCUAUAUUAACAUAAUUGAAGCCCCCCAAGUGGAUGAACGGGCCAACUGGCAAAAAGUAGUUUUUGAGCUAUUGACACUCAAAGUUUUCAAAUUUCAUUCAAGUGUUACAUCUUUAAUUAUGACAUUAGAAAUAUUUAUUUAUUUAUUCCAAGAAAACAUAGAAAGGCUCACAGACAAACUCCAGUACGAGCCUUAAUGACAUAUAUGAUAGUAUAACAUUACAAUUAACAUACAAAAAAUAGAACAGAAGAAAAUAAUAUUGCACUUCAUAGUAUAUUCACGAUUCAGUAUACGGUAACUAAUAAUAUUAGAAGAGAACGAUAUUUGGGUUAGAUUCCGGAAAGUUAGUAAAGGGGUAUAGGAUGAAAGAUACAUAUAGAAAAAAGAAACAUUUGAAAAAAUCUGG